CCUGGGAUUUGCCGAAAAACUAAUUAAAUAUUAUAAUAAAUUGUACCAUGAGUGCAUUACAUUUGCAUUAAUAUUGUCCAAAGAAGAAAAGUGUAUACAAUUGAUCUAAUACUAAUUGGAUUACAAGCAAAAAUAUUGUUGCAAAUCCCACAGCAGGAACAACAAACACGAUAUGAGUAGCAAGCAUAUUUACUCAACCAGCAAUUUAACAGACCUACAACUGAAGGAACAGGGCAAUUGUUUAUUUUCAGCACGAAAAUAUGACGACGCCAUCAAUUGCUACACAAAGGCCAUAAUCAAGAAUCCCAGUAAUGCUACCUAUUUCACUAAUCGGGCCUUGUGCCAUUUGAAGCUGAAACGCUGGGAAUUGUCGUGCCAAGAUUGUCGUCGUGCUCUCGACAUUGAUGCAAACUUGCUGAAGGCUCACUUCUUUUUGGGCCAGUGUCUGAUGGAGAUGGAACUGUAUGAUGAGGCUAUUAAGCAUUUGCAAAGGGCCUUUGAUUUGUCCAAGGAACAGAAACAAAACUUUGGCGAUGACAUAACAUCACAGUUGCGUUUGGCCCGCAAAAAACGUUGGAAUGUCAUGGAGGAGAAGCGUAUUUGCCAGGAAAUCGAAUUGCAAUCCUAUCUCAAUAGACUUAUCAAAGAGGACAUGGAGAAUCGUUUGGCCAAACUCAAACUGGAUGAAACUACAAACGAGGAACAGCUUAAGGACAAGCAACAGGAAAUCGAGCAGGAAUGUGAUGAUCAUGUCAAGGAGCUAAACAAUAUAUUCGCCAAAGUCGAUGAGCGUCGAAGAAAACGUGAUGUGCCCGAUUAUCUGUGCGGCAAGAUAAGUUUUGAAAUCUUAACCGAUCCAGUGAUAACACCCUCUGGCAUCACCUACGAACGCAAAGAUAUCGAAGAACAUUUGCAGCGUGUGGGUCAUUUUGAUCCGGUGACUCGGGUCAAGUUGACCCAAGACCAGCUCAUACCGAAUUUCACUAUGAAAGAAGUCGUUGAUGCUUUCAUAGGCGAAAACGAAUGGGCUUUGGAUUAUUAAUUAUAUAUAUAUACCAACAUACAUAUAAAUAAACUUAUUUAUAUGUAUAUAAAUAGUAUUUCCUGUAUUUUUAAGUUUUGUGUUAUAAAUUAAAUUAAACAAAAAUUAAGAGAAUGAUGAUAAUAUUGUCCUGGCCUUACUUAUUGUCCUGGCCUUAAACAAUUUAUUUAAAUAAGUUUUUUUCUUUUUAUUCUAAAAAUACGUUUUACUCAUGCUAUUUUUUAAAAGUUAAAUAUGAAACUUAUUUUAGUUAUUCUGUUAAGCAAUUUAAUAAAUAAACUCGUUUGGUUUCACCAUAAA